UCUUUUCGCUCUUCUCCGCCCGUCGCGUUUUGGCCCGUUUCCCCUCUCCAUAUCCUCUGGCUGCCAACCCGCGACUUGCCACCUCGCGCGCACGCAUCGGCCGCCAUGGAGGGCAAUGGACGUGCCUCGGGCACGGUGAUGGGGUUGAGAUUAGAAGAACGGCCGAAAGUUAACGGGAUGAGGCUAAAGAGGGAGGACACGAGCGAUUCGGUCAUCCCAAACGGCAUCAAAAUCGACUCCCCAGCAUCCAGUAUGUCGCUCGACGAUUCAAAAGCCACCCCAGAGAGUGCAUCGACUCCUGAGAACGGGACGAUGCCGAAGCUAUCGCGUAAAAUGUCUCAAAAACUACCACAGUCGCCCCCCGUUCUUUUCGGCGAUUUACCAGACUCGACCGAGGAUGCGUGCAGGACAUUCCAGGUAAUCAGCGAUUGCCUGUACGGUUCGCGGAACAUGGGUUCAUCGGACCAUGAUGCGCUGGAUUGCGAUUGUGCCGAAGAUUGGCAUCACGACCAAAACCACGCCUGUGGUGAAGACUCGGACUGCAUCAACCGAGCCACCAAAAUCGAGUGCGUAGACGGCGACUGCAAUUGUGGAGAGGGCUGCCAGAACCAGCGGUUCCAACGCAAGCAGUAUGCGAAGGUCUCGGUCAUCAAGACCGAGAAGAAGGGCUUCGGCCUGCGGGCAGACACUGACCUGCAGCCUAAUGACUUCGUGUUUGAAUAUAUCGGCGAGGUCAUCAAUGAACCCACCUUCCGCAGCCGGAUGCUCAAGUACGACAACGAGGGCAUCAAGCACUUCUAUUUUAUGUCGCUCACCAAGAGCGAAUUCGUCGAUGCCACCAAAAAGGGAAACCUCGGCAGGUUUUGCAACCAUUCCUGCAACCCAAAUUGCUAUGUGGACAAGUGGGUGGUUGGUGAGAAGCUGCGCAUGGGCAUUUUUGCGGCGCGCAGGAUCCGAGCUGGUGAGGAGCUGGUGUUUAACUACAACGUCGACCGCUAUGGCGCCGAUCCACAGCCCUGCUACUGCGGUGAGCCUAACUGCGUUGGCUUCAUCGGCGGCAAGACGCAGACGGAACGUGCCACGAAGCUGCCCCUCGCGACAAUCGAGGCCCUCGGCAUCGAUUAUGGCGACAGUUGGGACACGGCCGUCGCCAAGAAACCCCGCAAGAAGAAGGCCCAGGAGGACGACGAGGAAUACGUCAACAGCCUCCAGCCCCGUGCCCUUGACCAGGACGGUGUCAACAAGGUCAUGGCCUCUCUAAUGCAAUGCAAGGAAAAGUGGAUCGCGGUCAAACUUCUUUCCCGUCUCCAGGCCACCGAGGAUGAGCAUGUUCGCCAUAGGGUGGUGAGAAUGCACGGUUACCAAAUCCUCAAGACCACUUUGAACACGUUCAGGGAAGACACGAACGUCGUUUUGCAAAUUCUCGAUAUCCUAUACCAACUACCACGUAUCACGAAGAACAAGAUUUCGGAUUCCAAUAUCGAGUCAGCGGUGCAGCCACUGACAUCGUCCUCGCACGACGAAAUCGCCUCGGCUGCUAAGCGGCUGCUCGAGGAAUGGGGUAAACUGGAGACGGCGUAUCGAAUCCCCCGGAAGAAGCACGAUCGCAUGGCGCCCGUCGCUGCCAAUACGUUCGAGGAGGAGCGUCGCAACAAGGACCGUGAAGAGCCGACAAAGCCGGUGGAUCCCUUUGCCAAUGUCGUGAUUCCGACCGGUCCCCGCAGCAACGUCCCUCAGAGAAAUACCAGUUACAAUGGACAGCGCCCACGGAAAGUGCCCCCAUCCAACCUGCCAGAUGGUUGGUUUGUCGCCACGGACAACACAGGGAAGUACUACUUUUACAAUGUGAAUGGCGAGAGGCAGUGGCAGCGUCCCUCAGCACCUGCAGUGAAGAUUUCUAAGGUUUCCGAAAAGGCACAGCAAGAUCAGAAGACUCUACAGAAUAUCAUUGACAGUUUAACAAAGGAGCCGACGCCUCGGCAUUCAGCAAGUCAUACACCGCAACGGUCUAGCACGCCCGCGGCCGAGCCAAACAAGGAAAAGUGGCGUUCUCUGCCGAUCGAGAAGCAGAUGAAGAUCUACGAGAACACACUCUUCCCGCAUGUGAAGCAUGUGGUGGACAAGUUCCACGGAAAGCUCCCCAAGGAGGACCUGAAGAAGUUCGCACGGGAAGUGAAUAAGAAGCUGGUCUCCUCAGACUAUAAGAAUCAUCGGGUCGAGGACCCGACGUCCAUCUCGUCCAAGCAGGCGAAGAAGGUCCGCACGUACGCCCAGGAUUUCUUUGAACGCGCCUUGGUGAAAUACACCGAGUAUCAAAAAAAGAAGGCCCAAAGAGCUGGGCAGUCAGUCCCUGGGCCGUCAUCACAGCCAGAUGGAGGAGCCACAAGCUCAGUUGCGAGCCCUAUCAAGGCCAACGACGCUAUGUCUGAUGUGGCAGAGAGCAGCCCAAGCAGCUCCGGAGGACGCAAGCGUAAGCGCGGUGACGAGGAUCACCUUGAGUCGCCCAAGGACGGCGUCCCGCCUUCCGAGACGCCGUCACUUAAGCGGGUUAAGGAAGACGAGGCCGACGGCGAGGGUGAUCCCGCGUCUGUCCCAACCCCACCGACCCCGCCGCCGCCUCCGUCGGCAGACAGCCCGCCGACCGAGGAGGAGCGUUCGAUGCGCGAACAGGAGGAAGCCCUCAUGCGCGAGAACGAAGAGGCUCAACGAGCGGAGGAUGAAGCGCAGGCACAGGAAGAAAGGAAGCUUCAGAAUGGCGCGGCCGUGGUGGUGAAUGGCUCAGCCGGGACUGAGAGCGCCGAGAUGGAUAUGGUUAUUGACGGGCCACGGCAAGCGGCGCAGCAGCGGCCGGUGUUGAGUCACUGAAACUGGGGUGGCUGAUCCAGACGGCAUGGACGCCCGAGCGUACAUACCAUCAUCAUUCGUACAUUGGCCGUUCUGCCUCCAUCGGGGCAGAGACGUCGGGCUUAGGAGAAGACAUGCUGUCUGUCUACCUUGGACCAAAGCAUGAGGCUUCGAUACCCGCAUAUCUAUAGGCUGGUUCCGCCUUCGAGGCUUUGCUCUUUUGCGAUUUUGCGAUGGCAA